UUGAUACAAUAGUGUUAUAAUUGAAUAGGUAAUUUCUUACUGCUAAUUACUGCAGUAAAGGUUGACUAAGGAUGCGAUAACAUUAAGGAUAAAAUUAAUGUAUGUCAAGAAUCAAGAUAUGAUAAUUUAAUAACAAAUUCACAAAAUCAUUGAUUGUGGUGUAUUUUUUUUUCAGGAGGAACAUACAAUUGAAAAUAGUAAACGUGUUCUGACCGACGUGUGUCACAUGGGUUGGGAGAAGAUCAAGGAGUUGACGAAUGUCUUAUGCAGACUCGAAAGGGAGAUACAGAACAAAGAUGAUGCAUUAGUAUUAGAAUACCACGUAAAGGAUUUGAAUCGAAAUAGUUCUGACAUAUCUUAUAAGUUAGACCCGACGAGAAUACCACCAGAUUCAAUGUCAGAAGAAAGCUACGUACAUUGCAUAGAAAAUACUGUUAAAAUAGCUGAACAGCUAAUGAAGGAAUCAAAAGAUUUACGCGAGAUAAUGUUUAAAAGUAGGGAACAAGCCCGGAAUCAAAUGUAUGCUCAAAGCCAGCAAGUUGAAAUGAUAAUGAGAAGGCGUAUUUACGAUAUCCAGAGAGCAAGAAAUGAAAUGGAGUGGCAGAAGUAUAAGUUAGAAGGAAAUUUGCAAAAAGUUGAUCGAGAAAUAGAAACACUUCGUGCAGCAGUAGCUGACAAAAUAAAUCCAACUAAACUUGUAGAAACUCGACUAGAAACGCGGAUGCGACGACCAGUCUUGGAAAGAGUUCAGGAUAAACCAAUGCGUGGUCUAAUAGAAGAAUACGAAAGAGUUCACAUGAGCUCCAGUAUGUUAGAAAAGAAACUAGAAGAAGCACUCUCAACCUACCAUGGUCUAUACAAUCACCACCAGCGCGUGACAAAGGAUCUUGAGUACAAGAAUCAAGCCCUAGAAACAGAUCGGCGUCUGAUCGAAAUAAGGAAACCUUUACAUAGAGAUGAUGAUUCUGAUUUUAAGAGGAAUGUUGGAUAUUGUCAUAUGCCGGCGGAACUUGUUACAGAUUAA